AUGUUUGGAUUUUACUAUAGUAAACUUUCUGCACUGUUUUACAGUGACGUGUCAAGAAACAAAGUCCCACAGGAGGAGUCAGAAGCAGGCCCAUCAUCAGAAAAUGUAGACAACUCCAUGCAGUCUGAAAGCCAAGUGCAUUUGACCCAGCUGGUAGAAGAAGCGGGUGUAGAAGUCUCACAGGAAGAGGAAGAGGUUGAAGAAGAUGUUAUCACAGAGAGGGACCUGACUGAUCUGCUCAUCCCAUCCUCUCAGCAGUCUGAGUUAGCCCAGGUUACACAUGACAUCUCUCACCUCCUCAUUCCUGAGGAACAGGCAAAGCAGCUGGAGGACAUGGAAGACUGGAAGCCGGACUACGUCCCACCAAGCAGUGAGAAGUCAUCAGAGGGUUCGUACUUUGAGCAGGCGAUGGGUCGCGACUGUCCGCUCCAAGGCACCUCCCCACCUGACUUCUACUUGAAGAGGGACCUCAGCCCUAGUCACAGGUAA